AUGUCAGUACUGUCUGCCGACAUUCACGCUGAGCUGGCGCAGAUGCUCCAAGGCCUUCAGUCCGCCGACAACUCUAUCCGGUCGAGAGCCGAGGAGCACCUUCAAAGUAACUGGACUGUCACACGCCCGGAAAUUCUUCUCAUGGGUCUCGCCGAACAGAUCCAGGGCGCUGGAGACGAACAGACCCGAUCCUUUGCCGCUUUGCUAUUUCGACGAAUCUCCUCCAAGACCCGAAAGCUUGAGAACGGACAGACCGUCGAUAUGUUUCUUGCAAUUGCCAAAGACCAGGCCGCCGUCAUUCGCCAGAAGCUACUAGAAACACUGGGCAGCGAGACGGACAGAGCCGUACGCAACAAAAUUGGCGAUGCAGUUGCGGAAAUUGCGCGCCAGUACAAUGAAAAUGAAGAUCGUUGGACUGAGGUGCUCCAGGCACUCUUCCAGCUCACACAGGCACCCGAGGCUGACAAACGCGAGACGGCUUACCGUGUGUUUGCCACCACUCCCGACGUCAUCGGCCAAGAUCAGACCGAUGCUGUUCUCGUUGCCUUCCAGAAAGGAUUCAAGGAUGACGCAGUCAAUGUCCGUCUUUCUGCAAUGGAUGCUUUCGCUGCUUUCUUCAGAAACAUCGACAAAAAGAGCCGAACCAAGUACUCGGCCUUGAUACCGGAUGUUCUUAAUAUCCUCCCGCCCAUCAAAGACUCCCAAGAAUCCGACCAUCUCAGCAAAGCUCUCGUCGCGCUCAUUGAAUUGGCUGAGAUUGCCCCCAAAAUGUUCAAGCAGCUUUUCCAAAACCUAGUCCAGUUUUGUGUCUCUGUCAUCCAGGACAAGGAACUUGACGACGUCUGCCGACAGAACGCUCUUGAGCUUAUGGCCACAUUUUCCGAAUACGCCCCUUCAAUGUGCCGAAAGGACCCUUCGUUCGCGUCUGACAUGAUUACCCAGUGUCUGAGCUUGAUGACGGAAAUCGGUGAAGACGACGACGACGCUGCGGAGUGGCUCGCCUCUGACGAUCUGGAUCAGGACGAAAGCGACCAAAACCACGUUGCUGGAGAGCAAACUAUGGAUCGACUUGCCAAUAAAUUAGGCGGACAGGCUAUUCUUGCGCCCACGUUCAACUGGCUACCCCGUAUGAUGCAGUCGGGCUGGAAAGACCGACAUGCUGCUUUGAUGGCUAUCUCUGCCAUUUCCGAGGGCUGCCGUGAUCUCAUGCUCAGCGAACUGAACCAGGUUCUGGAUCUCGUCAUUCCUGCCCUGCAACACCCGCAUCCUCGUGUUCGGUGGGCCGGCUGUAACGCUCUUGGCCAGAUGAGCACGGACUUCGCCCCCGCAAUGCAGAGCGAAUAUUACGACCGUGUCUUGAAGGCAAAUAUUCCAGUUUUAGACUCGCCUGAGCCUCGAGUCAAGUCUCAUGGUGCUGCUGCCCUGGUCAACUUCUGCGAAGAGGCUGAAAAAUCUACCCUGGAGCCAUAUUUGGAUGACUUGUUGUCUCAUCUCUUCAAUCUCCUCCAGAGUGAUAUGAGAUACGUGCAGGAGCAGGCUCUCUCAACUAUCGCUACUAUUGCUGAUGCCGCCGAGGCUGCAUUCUCAAAGUACUAUGACACUUUAAUGCCGCUUUUGGUGAACGUACUGCAAAAUCAAAGUGAAAAGGAAUACCGUCUUCUCCGUGCCAAGGCUAUGGAGUGCGCAACGCUGAUCGCGAUUGCCGUUGGAAAGGAGCGACUCGGUCAGGACGCCAUGACUCUGGUCAACCUGCUCGCUAAUAUCCAAGCUAGCAUUACUGAUGCAGAUGAUCCUCAAGCGCAGUACCUGAUGCACUGCUGGGGUCGCAUGUGUCGUGUUCUUGGCGCUGACUUUGUUCCUUUCAUGAGUAGCGUCAUGCCCCCCCUGCUCGAGCAGGCGAUGGCCAAGGCUGACAUUCAGCUCCUGAAUGACGACCAGGAAGCUGAGGCUUUGCAAGGUGAGGAGGGCUGGGAAUUUGUUCCUGUGAAGGGCAAAAUGAUUGGCAUUAGAACCAGUACCAUGGAAGACAAGCACAUGGCGAUCGAACUACUUGUUGUAUAUGCGCAGGUGCUCGAGGGCGCCUUCGCCCCGUACGUCGCUAACAUCAUGGAAGUCAUCGCCCUGCCCGGUCUGGCAUUCUUCUUCCACGAUCCCGUCAGAUACAUGUCGGCAAAACUGGUACCCCAGCUGCUGAUCUGCUAUAAGAAGGCCUAUGGAAGCCCAUCCAAUGAGCUAGCCGGAUUGUGGAACGCAAGUGUGGAGAAACUGAUCGAAGUUCUUGCCGCUGAGCCUGCUAUUGACACACUGGCCGAAAUGUACCAGUGCUUCUAUGAGUCCGUUGAGGUGGUGGGCAAAGACUGCCUCAAUGCAGACCACAUGACCAAGUUCAUGGAUGCUGUUCACUCCACUAUUGUUGACUACCAGGAGCGCGUUGCACAGCGAGCGGAAGAAAGAGAGAGUGCCACGGCGGAUGACGUGGAAGAUGAUGCAGAAGAGACACUUAUUGCCAUCGAAGAUGACCAAACGCUCUUGUCCGACAUGAACAAGGCAUUUCACUCCGUCUUCAAGAAUCACGGGGCCACCUUUCUUCCUUUAUGGGAAAAGCUUCUGCCAACAUAUGAAGGGUUUUUAACUUCUUCCGACCCUACUCAGCGUCAGUGGGGCUUGUGCAUAAUGGACGACGUGCUUGAGUACUGCGGUCCGGAAAGCAUUAGAUAUGCCAACUAUAUUUCACAGCCCCUUAUCGAUGGAUGCCAGAACUCGUCUCCUGCUGUUAGACAAGCGGCAGCCUAUGGUGUUGGUGUCGCUGCUCAUCGCGGAGGUGCGGCCUGGUCUCAAUUCUUGGGUGGCGCUCUGCCCAUCUUGUUUCGGGCUACACAAAUUUCCGAUGCACGGAAUGAUGACAAUGUCUAUGCUACUGAGAAUGCUUGUGCAUCGAUUGCCAAGAUCCUGCACUACAAUGCCAGCAGCGUUGGCGAUGUACAGGCUGUUAUCACACAAUGGAUUGAGACUUUGCCGAUUACCAAUGAUGAAGAGGCCGCCCCGUAUGCCUAUGCGUAUCUCGCAGAGCUUAUCGAUCAGGGCAACCCAACUGUUAUGGCCCAAGCAUCUAAGCUAUUCGUCUUCAUCGCACAGGCUCUUGAGGUUGAGACGUUGCGAGGUCAGACUGCAAACAGAGUGGCCAUAGCGACCAAGACAAUGCUUACAGCUGCUAACGUCGAUCCUAUGCCAUUGCUGCAGCGGUUUUCUCCGGAUGCUCAACGCACAAUCAUGGGUUUUUUUAGCUAG